AUGUCGGUUCCUUAUCUCCUCAACAGCCCCAGCGGCUACGUCCCCGCAUCAGAGAGAAUCCCGGUUAUUGCUCGGCCUUUUGUGAGCGAGCGAGCGAAGCAGACGUUGGAUUUGGUUGAACGCUUUGUUGAAGAAGAAUGUAUCCCCGCCGACGCCGUCUUCUCGCAGCAGAUUGGCGAAGGUACCGUCAAUCGCUUCGAUGCUCACCCCCAAAUCAUUGAAGACUUGAAGGCCAAGGCAAAGAAGCUGGGGUUAUGGAACAUGUUCCUGCCCAAAAAUCAUUUCAAGGAGGGUGCUGGAUUCAGCAACCUCGAGUAUGGCCUCAUGGCAGAGUACUUGGGCAAGAGUUUUGUCGCCAGUGAAGCCACCAACUGUGCUGCCCCGGACACCGGCAAUAUGGAAGUCUUUGCCAAGUACGGUACCGAGGAGCAAAAAAAGCAAUGGCUGGUUCCAUUGUUGAAUGGCGAGAUCCGAUCAGCUUUCUUGAUGACCGAGCCUCAAGUCGCCAGCAGUGAUGCUACCAACAUCGAGCUCCAGAUGAGGAAAGACGGAGACUACUAUGUUCUCAACGGCCAGGCAUGCCCGAACCCUCAGAAAUGGUGGUCCAGUGGCGCUGGUGAUCGCCGCUGCAAGAUUUACAUUGUCAUGGGCAAAUCUGACCCAACAAACAAGAACGUCUACCGACAGCAAUCAGUCAUUCUCGUGCCGGCUGACACACCUGGCAUUACCAUCAACCGAAUGCUGUCAGUCAUUGGCUUUGAUGAUGCUCCUCAUGGUCACGGCCAUCUCACGUUCAACAACGUCCGUGUGCAUAAGAGCAACAUGAUCCUUGGGGAGGGACGAGGCUUCGAAGUGGUUCAAGGGCGACUCGGCCCAGGCAGAAUCCAUCACGCUAUGAGAUCCGUGGGUGCUGCCGAAAAAGCUCUCGAAUAUUUUCUAGCUCGCAUGAACGAUCCCAGAAGGAAGCCAUUUGGCAAACAACUUGCCGAACACGGUAUAAUGCUCGAACGGGUCGCCAAGUCGCGCAUCGAAAUCGACGCUGCCCGUCUCGCAGUUUUGAACGCCGCCAUCAAGAUCGACCAGUCCAAUGCCAAGGAUGCUCUCAAAGAAAUCGCGGAAGUCAAGGUUCAAGUUCCAUCCAUGUUGUUGGAUGUGCUUGACCGGGCAAUUCAAGCAUACGGUGGUGCAGGUGUUUCCCAGGAUACACCAUUGGCCAACAUGUGGGCCAGUGGACGGACAAUGAGAAUCGUGGAUGGCCCCGACGAGGUGCACAUGUUGCAACUCGGUCGAAAUGAGAAUAAGCGCGGCCCAGCCUUGGUGAAACGAAUUGAAGCUCAAAAGGAGAAGACGAGAGAGUUGCUUCAGCAGUAUGGAUUGGAGGAGAGGGAUGCAUUGCAGCUGAAUCGAGUAAGUGGUGGAAAGUCGAAGUUGUAA